AAAUUCGAAAUUCCUGCUGGCCAAAUAUCUAUCGUAUUUCGAACGGGAACGCAUUGCCAUUGCGAAAAGGUGAACAAAUAGCUAACGAUUACUACUAACCCCAGCCGUACUAACACCGACAAAAUGAAGAGCCAAGUGGACUAAUCGACUACUUCCUCCUCCUAUACGAACGACCACGCACACCCUCGCCACCGCAUCGUGAUUGAUGAUGACAACGCAGCAGCUUGUGGCAGGGCAAGAGGCAGGGGCACCAGCGUCACCAGAGUCAGAGGCAGUAGCAGAAGCUCCUACAGAGAACAACUGCGAAGAAGCAGCACAAGCAGCAGCAGCCAUGACAGCAGCCACAACAGCAGGCGGAGCUGGGGGCGCAGGGGGUAAGCAGAGCAAGCACAGGUCGAGGUCAUCUGCACGGUACGAUGACGUCGAGAAGCAGCAGCGCAAGAGCCGCGCCAUUGUCUCCAUACCGAACACGAUAAAGCUGAGCAUGCUGAACAGCGGCCUGCUCUCGUUCGAGCGGAUAAAGCUGGAGGCCCGCGACGAGAACAACAGCCUCUCGAAGACGAUACCCAACGGACCCAUCGAUAUACGCCACUUCCUCAAACUGUGCGAUCUGCGCCGCAAGUUCCCAGUGCUCUACAAGCUGGAGUUCCAGACAGCCGCCAAGGUGGAGUCGAACACCUGUCGGCAUGCGAUGAAGAAGAACAACCAGGAGAAGAACCAGAAUCCCAAGUGCAUUCCAUACGACUACAAUCGGGUGGUGCUGGAGAAGGUGGGCGGGCUGCAGGACUCGGACUAUGUGAAUGCCUCCUAUGUGGACAGUCUGCUCAAGCCGAACGCCUACAUUGUGACCCAGGGACCGGUCCUCGAGACAGUGGUCGCCUACUGGCGCAUGGUCUGGCAGGAGAACAUCAGCGCCAUCGUGAUGCUCACCAAGACCUUUGACUUCGCCAAGGUGAUGUGCCACCAGUACUGGCCGGCCAACAUGGAGGUGCACGAGACGUACGGCGACAUUCACAUCAACAUCGUGAGGGAGGAGCAGCUGGCCAACUUCCACAUUCGCACCUUUCGGCUCUACAAGAAGAACGAGCAGGGCGAGGUCUGUGACGAGCGGCUGAUCCUGCAGUUCCACUACACGGAAUGGUACUCCCACUCGUGUCCCUUCUCCAACGCCCUGCUGGAGUUCCGCCGGAGGGUGCGCCUGGUCGUGGGUAACAUCAUCAAGGACGAGGACGACAUGCGGGGACCCAUUCUGGUCCACUGCAGCGAUGGCGGCGGUCGCUCUGGCGUCUACAUGUCCAUCGAUGCCAAUCUGGAACUGGCCGAGGAGGAGGAGUGCUUCAAUGUCUUCGGCUACCUCAAGAAACUGAGGCAAUCGCGGAAGGGUCUCGUGGAGAAUGUGGAGCAGUACAAGUUCAUCUACGACACCCUGGAGGAGCACAUUAUCUGCGGCAAGACCUGGUUCCCCGUCUCCGAGCUCUCGGAUCGGCUGAAGGCCAAGGCCCGUCGCAAUUCCGGGACCAAGCUGAACGAGUACCAAAUGGAGUACGAUCAGAUCUGCAAGCAGACGCCGAGAUUCACCAUCGGGGACUGUGCUGGAGGCCAUCGCGCCGACAACAGAGAGAAGAACAGGGACGUGCUGUGCGUGCCGCCGGACAACUUCCGGCCAUACCUCACCUCCUUCCAGGGCAACGCCUUCACGGACUACAUCAACUCGGUGUUCGUCGACGGAUAUACAAAGCCCCGCGAAUACAUCGUCACCGAGUGGCCCAUGAAGCACACUCUGGGAGAGUUCUGGUCCCUGGUAUACGACCAGGAGUGCUCCGCGGUGGUGGUGCUGUGCCAGCCGCCCUCCCAGUCGCAGUCGUAUCCCUCCUUCUGGCCGAACAAGUCCAAAAUGGAGAAGUACGGCCCCGUGUUCUCCGUGCACUACGUAAUGUCGAAGAGCUACACGAACAUCAAGCAGUGGGAGUUCAAGAUCAACAAGAAGAUCGUCUCGCUCACGGAGAUGAUGGCCGGCGUGAAGGCGCCCACCCGAACCGUCCAGCUGUUCCAGCUCACCUGCUGGCCGAUGGGCCACAAGGUGCCCAGCUCCACGAACUCCCUGGUGUACCUGAUGAACAUGGUGGAGAUCUGGCGGAACAAGGUCGACUACGGCCCCGUCUGCGUUGUCUCGCCCGAUGGUCGCAGUCGGGCCGGUGUCUACUGUGCCGCGAAUGCGUGCAUCGAGCAGGUCAUCCAGCACGGGGAGGUCGAUGUCUUUCAGGCCGUCAAAACGGUGCGCCGUCACAGGCCGCAGCUCGUCGAGAAUAUGACCGAGUACAAGUACUGCUACGAUCUGGUACUGCACUACGUCCUGCACUUUCUCAACAAGAAGGACUGAUCGGUCGUGCAAAAAGUUGUACGCGACUUUUUGGUUAUUUUUGGGCGCUCCAUCCCAGCAGCAGCAGAGGGAGCGACCCUGCUCAGGAUGCUUUAAUGGUUAACAAUGAUGAAAUACUUGAACAAGUGGUCCACAUUUGAUGCCUCCACCUUCGCGUAGGGUUUUUGGCACCGCCUUAAAGCAAUAAUACUGAGUAUUUUGUUGUCCACAAACCGAAACGGAAACUGAAACUGAAACCGAAAACCGAAACCAUUUUGUUAACUCACUUUUCCCGAGCAUCGAAAUGAAAUUUCACGCCCGCUGAGAAAAGCGAGUGCACUUUUUACUUGUUUUUCUUUCGGUUUUUCAAGAGGUCCGCGAGCCACACUUCUGGCUGGACCAUAAAACAAAAACAAAACAAAGAAACUAUAUACCUAAACACUAUAUCCUAUACAUAUAUACUACCUAUAUAUAUACCUACUAUAUGCCUAUUGAUCUGAACUGUAUGUGCCAUUUGUGAAACCCUAGUUGUUGUUGUUACGAUGAUAUGAUAUGAGAGGAGAGGAGAGGAGAAGAGAAGAGAAGAGAAUGAUGAUGAGAAGAGAGUGAUGAGGAGUGGAAACUAUUACGAUUACCAUUUAUAUUUAUACAUCUAUAGAUUAUUAUUAUUACGUUUACUCUUAAAGAACUUGCUACCUGGGCAAUUGUUGAUAUAUAUCUAACUACACAAAUACCUACACAUAUAUGGAAUCUAUUUAUACAUAUAUACAUAUAUAUGAAUGUUAUGUACUGUUGUAAAUGGAAGACGCAUUGUUUUUCCGGUAUGAAAACUGUUGGCGGAACUUUAUUUUUUAUUCAUGUUAAAAAGAGAAUAUUUAUUGCAACACACACACACACACACACAAAGUGAGAGCAACUUCAGGGGAAUGAAUGAAGAGAACCAACUUUAUAUAUUAUUUAUUUAUAGAAAACACACACACACACACACACAUACACUCAUAAGGAUAUGAUUGUAUAAUAAUUUUCCUGUAUUUUCGCAUUUAUGCAUUAGAACAGACACACAGAACACACACACACACAAAUAUUGUUGUAACUGUAAUGGAAUUAUUUUUUUAAAUGUGACAACAAAAAAGAGCAUGUAUUUUUGAUCGAUUCAAUGUCCAAUAUACAUAGAGAAACAUAUAGCACAAAAAUUGGACUGGAAUGGGGAGAUGAAAGCGAAGCGAAGAAAAGGAACCAAUAAGAAACGAGAUGAAAAUAACUUGGAA